AUGUCUGAUUUGACCACAUCCGAUCCAGUAAUAUCUAUGGCUUCUCAACUCCCACAUCCCUUGAUCGCUCCUGAGAUCAUGAGCAACAUCUUAUCUUUUGCCAACAAACCCACACUUGCCAUAUGUCUCCGUACCAAUAAACACCUGUUCGACCUGGCGGGUCCUUUCCUCUAUCGAGAAUUAUCUAUCGAUCUUACUCCAUCUGUUAACCAUACCCACAGACGUCCCAAUGAUCCUCUGAUAGGAUACGAUCUCGAUGAUUCCACUGUCCAUAUGAAUCCAGGUACCAAUAUCACAUUGAAAAACUUGAAAUUAUCUUUACUUCGACAUACUCAAAUCAUAAAGACGACAUUCAUUCAUGAUCAUAUCGACGAAACACCAUUUCCAAAACUUUCUAAUCUUUUCCCCAAUUGUAAAGUUUUAAUUCUUCAAGGUCCUAAUGGUCCACAUCAUUGUUCUUUACAACAAUGCCAAGUUAUGAAAGAUUUUCAUAUCACAACAUUGGUUUUGGAUAGAAAAGGUUCACCUAUGCCACCUUCCGAUGAUAUAACUUACGAAAAAUUAGUUUGUAUCCUUCGACCUGGUGGAUGUCUUUCUGAUCAUGUGGAUUUUUCUAGACGUUUAAAAGAUUCACGUAAUUCAGCUAGUUUAUUGAAAAAAAUUACAAUCAUAAACCUUCCACCUAAUUCUAUGCCAAUGUGGAGAAUCCCACCAUAUGGUGAUCGUCCUCUCAUAGAUUACGCAAUGGCUUUACAUACUUUGAGAAAGGAUGGGAAUGUAAAAGUUGAAAUUGUCAAUGCGGAUUGUUUGGAUUUUCAAAUGCCUCCUGAACCUGAUCGAAGGGAUUCGUCUGAAGAACAUUUUCAAGAAGCUUUCUUUGCCGAUGUGGAAAGACUUAAUAAGGCUGGAGAGGGAAAUAGGAUAAUUUCAAGGGAAGAAUUACCAAUUGAUUUAUCAAGGACAAGGUUCAUGUCGAUGAAAGAAUAUGUGGAGGAGAAGGAUUGGUUUGGUGUUUUGUCAUUGGAAGAAGUUGAUAGGUGGCUUAAGGAAACUCAAAUGGAAAAGAAAUGA